CAUUGGCCUCUUGCUUGGGAAGGCACAGAGGUGGCGGCAGGGCAGGCGGGGUGUGUUGGCGGCACUUUAGGUUCACACAUGGCGGACUAUCUGAUCAGCGGAGGGACCAGCUAUGUCCCGGAUGAUGGGCUGACUGCGCAGCAGCUCUUCGGGGCCGGAGACGGGCUCACCUACAAUGACUUCCUCAUCCUCCCGGGGUACAUCGACUUCACAGCUGACCAAGUGGAUCUCACCUCAGCCCUCACAAAGAAAAUCACCUUAAAGACCCCGAUGGUUUCCUCCCCCAUGGAUACGGUUACAGAAGCCAGUAUGGCUAUCGCAAUGGCGUUAACGGGUGGAAUUGGCAUCAUGCAUCACAACUGCACCCCUGAAUUCCAGGCCAACGAAGUACGGAAAGUAAAGAAAUACGAACAAGGGUUCAUCACAGAUCCAGUGGUGCUAAGUCCCAAACACAGAGUCCGAGAUGUAUUUGAGGCCAAGGCCCGGCAUGGAUUCUGUGGGAUUCCCAUCACUGAGAAUGGCAAGAUGGGCAGCAAGCUGGCGGGAAUCAUUUCAUCCAGGGACAUCGACUUCCUGAAAUCCGAAGAGCACGACCUUGCACUCAGUGAGAUAAUGACCCGGAGAGAAGACCUUGUUGUAGCACCUGCUGGAGUGACGUUAAAGGAGGCCAAUGAAAUUUUACAGAGGAGUAAAAAAGGCAAGUUGCCCAUUGUUAAUGGCAAUGACGAGCUGGUGGCCAUAAUUGCUCGCACUGACCUGAAGAAGAACCGCGAUUAUCCACUGGCUUCCAAAGAUGCAAAGAAACAGUUGCUAUGCGGGGCGGCCAUUGGUACCCACGAGGAUGAUAAAUAUCGGCUGGAUCUGCUGGUGCAAGCCGGUGUGGAUGCCGUGGUCCUUGAUUCAUCACAAGGAAAUUCCAUUUUCCAAAUCAAUAUGAUCAAGUUCAUCAAGGAGAAGUACCAAGAUCUUCAGGUGAUCGCUGGCAACGUCGUGACUGCUGCUCAAGCGAAGAAUCUGAUUGACGCAGGGGCUGAUGCGCUGAGAGUGGGAAUGGGGAGCGGCUCAAUUUGUAUCACGCAGGAAGCUGCUCCUCUGAUCCCUCCAGACCUAAAGUCUCACAGCCCCAAAUGCCCCUCUAUUGUGACAGGCACUUAUAUGCUGGCGUGUGGGAGGCCUCAGGCCACAGCGGUGUACAAAGUGUCUGAGUAUGCGAGGAGGUUUGGCGUUCCCGUAAUUGCCGAUGGCGGCAUACAGACUGUCGGACACAUUGCAAAGGCCUUGGCACUGGGCGCUUCCACAGUCAUGAUGGGCUCCCUACUGGCAGCCACCACAGAGGCCCCGGGGGAGUACUUCUUCUCAGAUGGCAUAAGGUUAAAGAAGUACCGAGGCAUGGGCUCUCUGGAUGCCAUGGACAAGAACGUCAGCAGCCAGAAGAGAUACUUCAGCGAGGCGGAUAAGAUUAAGGUUGCGCAGGGCGUGUCUGGGGCUGUCCAGGACAAGGGAUCCAUUCACAAGUUUAUUCCAUAUUUAAUUGCUGGAAUCCAGCAUUCGUGCCAGGACAUUGGUGCCAAGAGCCUAACGCAAGUCAGGGCCAUGAUGUAUUCAGGAGAACUCAAGUUUGAGAAGAGGACCAUGUCUGCCCAGGUGGAAGGAGGAGUGCAUGGACUACACUCGUACGAGAAGCGACUAUUCUAAAGCCACCGGUGCCGCCAUCCAUUUGCCUGAUGCCGCCAUGCCCCUACAGCAGAAACUGUGCCUGCCGACAUACUGCAUGUGCUUGCCGUAUGGAUCACCACGGGCUGCCUUAGCCACAUCUGCCUGACUUCAUGCCAAGGACUGUUAGACGCACAGGGGCAUGGGCAUCCCACCCUUUGCUUUACAGAGGGCUUCCAAUAAAGAAGGUGCCUGCCGCUGCCCGAGCAUGCCUCACACCCAAGCCCUUAUCCUGUGUAACCGCCACAUGAGUUUCAUCUCACAGAAUGGAAAAGCUGAAUGAUUACCAUUUUUUAUGUCCCAUUUGACUGCAAAUAAACACUGAAACAUGUAUAAAUUAA